AUUUAAGGAACACAGCCCUACUUUCGGGCUUUAUAUAUUCAAUCAUAUAUCAAGGCAAACCUUGUCAUCUUAUCUGCAACGGAAACCUCCUCGAUCUUCAUGAAAAAUUAGUUAACACCACUAGGAAACAAUCAGUUUCAGGUCUCUAAACCAUGAAAUACAGUAGCACAAGGGGUGGCGUCAGCGACGUUACGUUUGAAGAGGCAUUGUUUACCGGAUAUGCGGCUGACGGCGGGAUUAUGCUUCCUGUGAGUAUUCCAUCCGUAAACAAGACGACUCUGGAAAAAUGGAGGCAGCUUUCAUUCCAAGACCUGGCGACUGAGAUUGUUUCUCUGUUCAUUUCUGACACAGAGAUCCCGAAGGAAGAUCUUCAAUGCCUAAUAAAGAAUGCGUACGCAUCAUUCUCCGUCCCGGAAGUAGCGCCGGUGGCUAGACUGAAGAAUGACGUCACAAUUCUGGAACUUUUUCACGGGAAGACGUGGUCAUUCAAAGACGUCGCCAUGUCGUGUGUGGGGCAGUUCUAUGACUACUUCUGCUCAAAGAGAAAACAACAUUACACUAUUGUCGUUGGUACUGGUGGGGAUACCGGAAGUGCCGCCAUCGAUGCUGUUCGGGGGUUGGAGUGGGUGGACAUAGUGGUGUUGCUGCCCAGGGGGCGCUGUGCCAAGAUCCAGGAGCUGCAGAUGACCACCGUGCUCGAGGACAACGUGCACGUGUUUAGAGCGGACGGUUCAUCGGACGACAUUGACCUCGCUAUCAAGCCGUUGUUCAUGGACGCGGAGUUUCGAACACGCCACCGCCUGACCAGCAUCAACUCGAUCAACUGGUGUCGGAUCAUGGUGCAGAUCGUGCACUACUUCUACGCGUAUUUUAAGAUGAGCAGUGACGUAGACUCGCCAGUAGAGAUUGUGGUACCAACUGGUGCCUGUGGAAACCUCACAGCUGGCUGCAUCGCCAGCAAGAUGGGUCUGCCCGUGCGGCUCGUGUGCGCGGUCACGUGCAACGACAUAGUGUCACGUGCGCUGUCGAGUGGAGACUUCAGCCUUGCACAGACGGUCACGCCGACACUGGCGCCUGCUAUGGAUAUUCAGCUUCCAUAUAACAUGGAGCGGAUCUGGUAUAUAUUCACUGGCGGUGACACGGCACUCAUCAACAAGUUAAUGUUGGAGUUCGAGUCUACCGGAAGUGUGCAAGUUCCGGAAGCUCUGGCCAAUAAGAUAUCAGCCGUUAUAACAGACGCGCACGUGGUCAGUGACGACACUGUGACGUCAACAAUGGCACGGGUCUGGGCAGACAACUCGUACCUAGUGUGUCCUCACACCGCCAUCGGCGUGGCGUACAGUCACGAGAACAGAUCGAAGGAUGAAUCCAUUCCCAGAAUCUGCAUUGCCACUGCGUCGCCGGCCAAGUUCAAGGAGGCGGUGGACGCAGCCGGUAUCCCAUGGAAACAGGACGAGCGCGUGACCAGACUGAUGUCACUUCCGGUGAGAUAUGAGGACAUGGAACGGAAUGAGGACUGGUCUGAUAUACUUCGAAAGAAAAUCAUCGCUAUCAACACUCCGUUAUGUUAGAAUAAAACAAUUAAAUGCAAUAACAAUGCGAAGUUGUGAAUUACUAAUGUAAUAGGUUUUAUGUUGUUAAAAUUCCUUAACUUGUUGAAACGUUUAUGCAAAUAAAACGUUACACAUUUAA